UCCUCACUGAAGUAGAGCAGGACUAAUAUGAAUUAAGAAUCAGUUCAUGCUAUUUACUGAUAUACAUAAAUGUAUAAACAAUACACAGGUAGGUACAAUAAUGCAUAUCGCAUACAGACAAACCAAAAACAUGUUAACAUAAUAAUUUUUUUAAUCUAAACCUUCUCUCCCUCUUCAGAACGCAACACAAAGACAAUUAAAUCACGCGGCUCAUAGAAGUUGAUCACACACGCUUUAUUCGUGACCUUUGACCUGAAAGUCUACCCUCCCUCUCUUCGUCCCGUUUUUCCCGUCCGUUGACCCUCGGAGUGCGAAUUAAUAUCCCGUCCAUGGUCGGAGUGCUGUUAGUCGUCUGUAAUAAACCGGGAGAACAGCUUUCCAGCGCGAGUUUUAUCUUCUGCGCACGUACAAAGUGCGUUGGCUGCGAACAAGUGAUAAAGUUCACGAUAGGAGGUGAGAGGCACAUCGAGGGGGCGGGAGUCGCUCGAUCUUGUCGAUAGUGCAAGGAACUCACCUGGAGACUAACUCGUACAGAUUUCUUGACACUGGACACCAGUAGCUUGUGAACCACACUCAAGUGAUGCAGACGUACGAGAUGAUGCAGUGUCGUCUGCUGCAAGAGCGGCCAGCUGACACAGCGAAAUGAGCCUUUGCCAGCGUAGUGCGAUGCUUUCCAUAUCGGAUAUUCCUUCAACGAAGAGCCACCCAUGCUGAAGGUCGAAUGAAUUACUUUCUCCGCUGAAAACUUUAUAGCUAUAGUUCAAGUUAUUGCUUCAUGUGUGUGGUAGCUGCGGAAAAUCAAAAAGACAACCUUUCACCUAGCGUGUCAAGCCGUGACACUUGACUUUUCAACUUCUGACCUUUGAGAAUUCAUUGACAAUUGCCAUUUACCUGAUUAAUAAAAUCUUAAACUGUUUCAUGGUCGAGUUGCAAAUGCAAAAGCAGGGAAGAUCGAUCAGGUGUCAAAGAAUCAAUGCAUACCUUCUGUUAUUCAGACCACAAAAUGAGAGGAGGAGGAGGCUUUAGCAGUAAGCAAGAAAACUCAAAAGUUGAUAAGACUCUUGUGUAGAAGACAUAUAUGUCAAUUUGAACGCACGACACACCCCUCUGAGAAAGUACCGCAAUGGGGAAGAACAAAAGCCAAACUCAUGUGUCUGAUGAACCUCCCCAGAAAGCAGGGAAAUGUCAUAAAAAUGACUCCCUAACUUCGACCCAGGUUCAGCCAGAUGGAGGAUAUGGGUGGGUGGUUUGUUUUACAUCCAUGUGCACCAACGGAACUGUUUUUGGCAGCAUCAAUACUUUUGGUAUUCUCUAUCUUGCGAUGCUGGAGGAGUACAGUGAUCCUUCUGACAAAAACAUCUCUUUCAAAACAGCUUGGGUGGGGUCUGUGUGCACUGGGCUAACCUUCUUGAUGUGCAUGGUGGCCAGCAUCCUCAGUGACCGCAUUGGUAUCCGAAAGGUGGCAUUUACUGGUGGGGCGCUGGCCUUCAUUGGCAUGCUGAGCAGCGCAUUUGUGGAAGACCUGAUGCUCUACUAUCUUACAUAUGGUGUGCUGAUGGGCCUCGGUUUUGCAUUUGUCUAUGCUCCAUCCCUUGUCAUCCUUGGCCAUUACUUCAAAAAGCGCAUGGGCCUGGUCAACGGCUUGGUGACUUUUGGCAGUGCUGUGUUUACGAUCGUAUACUCCCUAGUCUUGCCAGAGCUGCUUAAAACCAUUGGCCUCAAGUAUUCUCUGCUCUGUCUAGCAGGAUUGAUAUUUCUUCUCAUGCCUUAUUCCUUAACCUGGAAGCCAAGGUUCCAGCAAGAGUCCAACUUACCAGCAUUGGCAUUGUCCUCAGAGAGCAUUGUAGAACAUAUGAAUGACUGCUGUCGAUGGACUCGCAAAUACCUUAACGUCAAAAUCUGGCGAAAUCGUGGAUAUGUAGUGUGGGCAGUAGCUAAUGGUGUGUCCUUGUUUGGAUAUUUCAUCCCAUUUGUUCAUUUGGUGAAACACACCAAAGAUAUCUUCCCUGACUCCAAUGGCAGCUUACUUCCAAUGUGCAUCAGUAUCACCUCUGGCCUCUCUAGAAUCACCUUUGGAUUAAUUGCUGACACCAGCUGCAUUAGUCGCAUGCACAUGCAACAAGCUGCCUUUAUUUUGCUUGGUGUGACCACUUCCUGCAUUCCAUUAGCUGACAGCUUUGUGUCUCUUAUCAUCAUCUGCCUGGUGAUGGGCCUUUGUGAUGGCCUUUUUAUUUGCCUUUUGGGACCUAUUGCUUUUGAUUUAGUGGGUGAGCAAGGUGCUUCACAGGCUUUGGGCUUUCUCUUCAGCAUCUUUUCAGUUCCCAUGACUGUUGGACCUCCUGUUGCAGGUCUUCUCUAUGACUAUUUGGGGUCAUACAAUGUUGCCUUUCAUGUUGCUGGUGUACCACCAAUCAUCGGAGCCUUACUAAUGUUCUUUAUUCCACGGCACAAACAGCAUGUACCUGCUGUGACGGAGAUUGAAGAGUUUGCUGGGGUUUCUUGCCCUGAUAUCUACAGCAGCAGAUCUGUACAAGAUGCAAGCAAUAGAGUGAUGGCCAAAGAAAAUAGAGGCCCAUCAAAGACUGAGCUUGUGGUAUUGUCUGAACAAGAAACAUUGGAUCUGCUUAAGACUAAUGGUCUGAAAGCUAAGUCAUCAGAUGACGGAUUUGAAGACGAAGAUUACAAAGAAGAUGAAAAAACUGGGGAAGAUAAAGCAUCUGAAGAAGGCAAAAGUCUUCUAGAAGAAAGAAAGGCACGUGUCAUGUCUUCUAGAGACAGCAAAAAUACUGAAGAGACUAGUGACUUUAAAGAUUAGUUUCAGAAAUGCUGUUGCACACCAAAAAAAAAUGUAUAGAGAGGAUGAAAAGAUGUUGAUCACAGUUAAAGUCAGAAAGUUCAAAUUUUAAUUUGGUUCAUCCGACAUCAGUGCUAGCAUCAUAGUUCAAAACUGUUUAUUUCAGCAAAUGUCUGCACUGCUGCCUUAAUCUGCAUGAAAGAGUUAAACUUUCAUCACUAUAAUGUGUCAUUCCCAUUGUCAUGUGUGGCAGAAAAUGUGCAACAUCACAUCAUCACUAAAAAGACCAUAGACACCUGUAGUGGUGGUGCAGCAGUGGUGUGAUGACUUUAAUGAUGAUGAUAAUAAUGAUGACGAUAACUAUAUAUAAGUGCUCAUAUAUAUUGGACUGCAGAAAAGUGUUUAAUAUAUGGUGGGUGAAGUGAUUCAAGGCAAGAGACCAGAUGAUUCACUCUGCAUAUUUGCAAAUUAUUUGACAAAGAUUUAAAUUCAGUAAGACUUGUAAUAAAACUAUAUAUAUAGCACUGUAUCUUGAGUAUGAAUACACUGCUGGAACAGAUAUAUAAUUAUACCUGUGUGUGUGCAUGUGCAGUAUUUUGAUGUCUACAUUUCUAUUCUAAUUCUUGGUGUCUAUAUAUGUUUGUGAAGGUGUAUCACUUUUACAGUUUUCUAAAUAUUAACUUUUAUUUUAACCUCAGUGAUACCUUUUUGUAUUCAUAUUUUAAACUAUACACAUGUAGAUAAGUGCAUGUGUGUGUGCAUGUGCAUGUAUACAUAUGUGUGUCUGCAUUUCAGUUUGUGCUCAUGUUUAUAUGCAUGCAUAAUAUAUAUUUGUGUUUAGUUGAUUCUGUGAUUUGAAAUUCUUUGAAUUGAAUUUAGCAAUCAGAGAUUUACUUUCUCAGACUUACCUGAAGCUGCGGUAUUGUAGUACUAGGGGUGAUGAUGAUGAUGAUUGAUGAUGUUGAUGGAGAUGGAUUGAUUGAUGGAUUGAUUGAUGAUGGAUUGAUGAUGAUUGAUGAUGAUGAUGAUGAUGAUGAUGAACUUUUGUCAAUUCUAGUGGUGAAAAAAGUUUUUGUAAAGUUGCAUUUUAAAUUUCACUCAAUGUCACUAUAUAAAAGUGAUCAUUUAUUUGACAAUGCAACACAAAAGUAUUCAUUCCUUUAACCCUUUUGAUGUUCAUCUGCAGCCUGGAUCGACCUACUCCAUUGAUUCUGUUGCAUUUCUCCUGAUGGGUUCAGAUGGUCAUAGCAAUUUCCAGCAAUUUUGUGUUUUCCCUAUCAGCAACAUUACAUUUAAUCAGAAUAUAACAGCUUUUGUGAUAUUUAAAACAUUUCCUAAUCAGGUGGGCCAGUUCAUGGUUAUGUUUGCCUCAAAAUAUUAUACAGCACCUGAUCUUUGUGAUUGUGGUUUGCUCCAUUUCUGUUGAAACUAGUUAUUGCAUAUCUAUGUGAUAUUUGUUUUAACUGGAUAAGCACAUUGUUAGAUUUAAGACACUGCUUGUUUAGAUUUGUGCCUGUGUGUAUUGUUUAUUGCUAUGUGUUCUCUUGAUCCUUGUUACAUACUUUCUUAAUCCUACUUGCCAUAGAGUGCUCAGUAUAAAGAUGAUGAAGCUCACAGUUUUUUGCUUUUAUUUUUUUAACAUCUCUCAUUUCCAACCAUAUCAGAGUAAUAUUUUGCAUAGAUGUAAACAAACUGAGAAGCUGAAGAUGAUGAUCGAUGCAUUCUUAGAAGGGGAUAAUGUAUACAGUUGUCAAGAAAAGUUUUAGUGUCUUAUGGUCUGUCCCCUUAAAACAGGACCAUGGAAAGAUCGAAAUACCAGACUGGUGUUUUUGAGAGCAUUUACGAUUGUUCAGUUUUAUUGCACCACUUCAGAAAGAGGUCUUUAAUGCUGGGACUUUUGGUCAGAUAUCCUUAAAGUUCUUUACAAAAAACAACAGCCGGCCGCAUCAGUCUCAUUAUUUUUCCUGACAGCUGAUGCCAGUUGAUGAAAGUGAUUUACCCCCGAAAGAUUUUUAUUAGAGACCCUUUAAAUCUUAUUUUAGUAAUCUUAAUAUGUACAUGUAAUUUUAAUUUUUGCUCUGUGUCUAUAUGUUAUUAUAUCCUUUAAUAAUAUAAUCAGUAUUGCCUGACAGACAUUUACAAAACUGUUUGCACACAUUUAUUUAGGUUUUUAGGGAAUUGUUUUCUUCCCAUCACCUCUUCCACUAUUUUAAUGAGAAAUUAUUUUUCUUUUUUUAACAUGUGAUUGUUUUAUUCAAAAACUUUUCUAAUACAUAUGGGGUUGUCUAAUACAUGCUCUCUCACAUUUUGUGGCAGUAAUGCUACACGCAUAGCAAUAUCUGUGACCUCUUGUCACCCUUAGAGUGAGCACACAGAAAAGCAAAUUCUUGCAGAAAAUGUUUUGGUGUCAGAGGUAAAGACUGGACAUUUACUGAUUUGUAAAUUUUGCUUCACUAUAAUGAAGUACCCAUCCAGCUGCUUGUCAAGGUAGUGAAAGUUUCACUUGCUGUGCAGUGACUUGAGAUCUGCAACCUCUGACCUUGGACCUCAAAGGUCAAUCCUACUUCUUUUUAAACCCACCCAGAACCAAAACAGGCCCACUUGCCAACUAGUUGGACCUACACUAGCACCUGUCAGCUCUUACUACAUUUGAUUUUUAAAAAAUAUAACAUUUUAAUGAAAGUUUAUACAUUAACCAUCUUGAAAAAAUGCCUGCAAGGUUAGCACAGAAACUGGUGCAGCAAUAAGGUGUUUUAAAGUGCAAUUUAAAUACAUGCAAGCGUAAUAAAGGAUGGGGAUUAAUAAUGAGCACACUAACAUUCAUGAUAAGCACAUCUGUUUUAUUACAAUGCAAUUUGGGAGUUUGCAAUGUUGGACUGUCAUGCAUGUGGUGAGUCACCCAACAAAUCUUGUAGGGUGCAAAAGGCAAGAGGCCAUCAGGCAGUUGCAUUCUUGGUUAAUGGAUUGUAUUCAUCUUUCUGUAUCUUAAAAUGAAGUGAGUACCAACUUGUUGCACACACUUGAAUAUCUGUAUUUACACACACACACUUGACCUUUUACAGCAGCAUGAACUGAGGCAGCCACUCAAAAUGUGCUGUUCCAAAUUAAAAUUGUUUUUGAUAUCUUUGUCUUUUAUCUUGAAAUCUGUGGUACAUUUCUUUUCCUAGACUUGCCUGGAGUAUAUUUCUAAACUGUUUUCUUGUGAGCACAUUCAUUCAGUAUUUAAUAGAUAUAUUUUUAAUAUGGUGUAACAUUUUAACAUACUGAUAUUUUGAGAACGAAUUUGUACAUUUUAACACUUGUUACCUUUUUUCCCAAAUCCAAAUAAACAAUAAACAACAUUUAGAUGCUUUGUGCUUAUGAUAUUCUCAUCAGUUGAUUGUAUAUCAGGAUAUUAGAAAUCUGUGAUACAAUUUGAUGUCAAAGACUACUUUUAAUUUUCCAUUAUUCGUCAUGAUAUGCAAAGGGCUACUUUAGAAUAAUUUUACCUGACGUGCAGGUCAAAUCUUGCUGCUUAUUUUGUAUUCAUUCACUCAGCAUUUAACCAUUUCUUUCCAUUUAAAAUUUCUCUUUUCUAUUUCAGGAAUGGUUAAUUUCCAUGAUUACAACAUCCCUGGUGCUAAUUAGCAGCAAUAAAAAAAUAAAGAGGGCAUGUUGAUGUCAUCAUCAACUGUUAGUACCAAGAAUAGGCAAUGAUCAAUGAUUGUGUUUGUAAGAUGAAAACAGGAAAGGAGAUGCAGAUAAACAUUGUUAACACUUAAUUCCUAGGCAGAAGUAAAAAGUUGAUGGAAGUCUUGUAAUUUGAGGGUCUCAUCCUGUCUUCAGACCUGAAGAAAAGUUCAACAUUCAAAGAACCACUUUCUAUAACGGAGGUCAGCACAGUGUUUCAGACUCCACAAGCUGCUGGGUGUAAGUUGACUCUAAGGAGACACUGCUCAGCAAACAGCGGUGUUAUCUUUAAAAGAGGCUGCAAUUCAUAUCUGCUGUAAGGAUGCAUUUUAUCAUGUGCCUCAGUGUGCAUACAAAGGAUCUGUCUACUAGAAAAUGAUACUCUAAGCAUUUUUACCUCUAGAUUUGUUGCAAGUAUCCAAGGUUUCAUGGUUUGGGGUCAAAAACAGUGCAUGGGAAUUGAUUGUACAUGUGAAGGCAAGGAGCCAAAUGUCAAAAUCAAUGGUAGAAUGAACAGAUUAUUUAUUAUUAUUAAACUUCACUGCUGCAGAGCAAACCAAAUAUCUCAGACUAGUAAAACAUCAGAACUCUGAGUAGCUCACCAGGAUAAAUUGCCAUCAUGAAAGUGAUGUUAACUGAUAAUCUGACAAUGCUGAUCCAAGUCAGUAAUACAGCAAUGAGGACAUCUCUACAGAGAUCCAUGCUAAGGUCACCUUAGAAAAUGAGAGACAUACCAAAUUCAUGCUCACAAAGCAGCAGUGGUUAAUAAUAGAAAUUAUAUAGAGUUCUAAGCACCUUUUCUACAGGCAGUGUAUACUUUACCACUGUACUUAAAGUAUGCAGACACAUUAUUUUUUAAAAUAAAAGUAAAUGAACAGAAAACUUUAUUUUUCUACAAACAUUUAUUUUGUUUAAUGUAUAUAUGUUAAAUUAUAGUACAAGAAAAUCUGUACAAUAAUAUUUAUUGUGCCUGAACCCUUGGCAGUGAUUCUGUUUUCGAGAAACUGAUUAAGUUCUGAUCAACACUGGAAUGUGCAUACCUUGCAAACAAAACUAAGUCACUCCUAGCCUAAGCAAAACUGAAAACUAGUGGCUUAACUCACAGGUAAAUGGCAAGCAUGGAAUGAGCAAUUCUUAUCAAAUAUCUUUUAUGCAUUUUAUGGGGGUAACUGUACACUAAACAAUUUCAGGCUUAAACCUAUGUCAACCCUGAAAUAUAUGCAAUACCCCUUCCAGAAGUUUGUGACUGAAUUCAAACCUUGAAACUUCUGUUAUGGUUUUCUUUGUUAUAGGUAAAUCAGACCCCAAGAGAAAAGCAACACUUCAUAAACUAAAACUUGCAAGUGGUAUUACUCAUUAUUUUGUUUUU